AUGCGUCCAGAAUCGAACUCAGCUGGAGCUGCAGAAUCUUCAUCAUCAUCAGCAGCAGCAGCAGCAGCUUCCGCUGCAUCAUCAUCUCCAUCUCCAUCUGGAAAGCGGAGCAGAGAUCCUGAAGAUGAGGUUUACCUUGACAAUUUCCACUCGCACAAGCGUUACCUCAGCGAGAUUAUGGCAUCCAGUUUGAAUGGACUGACAGUUGGAGAUCCACUCCCUGAGAAUCUCAUGGAAUCUCCAGCAAGGUCUGAGACCAUGUUUUAUCCAAGGGAUGAGAUGUCGUUACAAUAUUCACCCAUGUCAGAGGACUCGGAUGACUCUCGAUUUUGCGAGAACCCCGUAAAUACUUGCUCCUCCCAACCUGACAGUGUCCCCUCUAGUCCGGUCUCUCCAUAUAGGUACCAAAGACCACUUACUGGGUUUCCUUCCACUUGUUCAAGUACUUCACAGUCUUCACAUGGCUGCACCGUCACUAAUUUUAACUGCUCGCAGCCUCGUCAACGAGGCUCUGAUUCAGAGGGACGAUUCCCAUCAUCACCUAGUGACAUUUGUCACUUUGCUGACUUGAGGAGGGCUGCACUCUUACGGUCCGUGCAGAUGAGAACACAGCCAUUUGCCCCACCUUCUGAUGACAUGGCAUUUAGCUCCGGGCAAGAGCCUGUAUCCAACAUUGAAGCUGAAGAGCGGUCGUGCCCCUAUAUGAAGUCUUUAGUUGAUGAGAGGGAAUAUCCAAUUGCAGAGUGUUCUUCUAUGGGUAUCUCAGAGCCUGAUUUUAAACAAGAGAAAUCAUGCAGGAUGUUGGAUAUGGAUGAGAAAGGAAAUCAUUCUGCAGAUUAA